CCGUAUGAUGGCACAUACUGGUGGCAUGAUGGCCCCACAAGCUUACGGUAUGCCGGGCCAGGAUGAUGGCCAAAACGCUGGCAAUGAAAACGAAGUCCGUAAGCAGAAGGAUAUUGGUGAAAUUUUGCAGCAAAUUAUGAGCAUUUCGGAGCAAUCACUGGAUGAGGCGCAGGCAAGAAAGCACACCUUAAACUGUCAUCGCAUGAAGCCUGCUUUGUUCUCGGUACUUUGUGAGAUUAAGGAAAAAACCG